AUGGCGCAAGUGCUACUGUUCGCAGAUAAAUGCAGGCGACGGGCACAGAAGCUAGGCACAGAGCAUUUCGCCAAAGCGGAGCAACUAAUAAUACGGCAGGCGCAACAGGACAGUUUCCCGAAGGAAACGCGGUGUCUACGCGAAGGAAAGACCGUAGACAGGACAAGUCGUCUGUUCCGCCUGGAUCCCGUUUACAAGGAUGGCAUAAUACGCUUGAACGGACGUAUAAACGCAGCACAGGUGCCGCUAGAAAUGAAGAAUCCACCCAUACUGGACGGAGCGCACCCGUUGGCGCAGAUGAUGAUUAAGAGAGAACACGAGCUACAUCAUCAUGCCGGCAGAGAACAGACGGUGAACACCCUGCGCCAAUACGUGUGGAUGCUGCGUUUAAGGCCGACCGUCAAGACCGUAUUACGCAAAUGCACAACAUGCGCCGUACGCCGGAGGAACCCCGACGUCCCAGUGAAAGGGAACUUGCCAAAGGAGCGACUCGACGCAUACGCCCGGCCGUUUACAAGAUGCGGUAUGGAUUGUUUCGGGCCUACGAUAGGUCGCAGGCGAGAGAAGCGAUGGGGGCUCCUAUUCACGUGUAUGGUCACCCGGGCCGUGCAUAUAGAACUCAUAGCGGGGUUAUCGACCGACUCUGCUAUAAUGGCGAUACGACGCAUGGCAGCGCGUCGCGGCUGGCCACGAACCUUUAUGUCGGACAACGGAACGAACUUUCGCGGAGCCGACGUGGAGCUUACGACUGCGUUUAAGGAAUGGCUCCCUGAACUGGAAAAGUACGUCAGCAACAAGAGGAUAAACUGGCGGUACAGCGACCCGGGCGCACCGAACCAAGGAGGAGCGUGGGAGCGACUGAUAAGGAGCGUGAAGAGAGCGCUAGCAGUGGUACUGCACGAGCGGGCGCCGAGAGAAGAGGUGCUCGCAACGCUAAUGACGGAAGCAGAACACACCGUCAAUUCACGCCCCUUAACCCACGUCUCAGUGCGACCCGAGGACGAAGAGGCGCUGACCCCCAACCAUUUUCUGAUGGGCUCAGCCGUCGGCCUACCGUACGUAGGUACCACCGACGUUGCCGACCGCAGAACGUGGCGCGCAGCACAGGCGCUCGCGGAUAGAUUCUGGCAGCGGUGGUUACGAGAAUACCUACCGACGCUGACGCCCAGAGACGACGUACGACGGAGCACGGCAAACAUCAAGCCGGGCGACAUGGUUUUAAUAGUGGACGGCCUGCUACCUCGCAAUCUGUGGCCGCGCGGGCAAGUGGAGCGCACCUAUGAGGGGCCCGACGGCGUGGUGCGAAGUGCGGACGGACGCUGGUCACCAGUGGAGGAUGAUAGAAUGAACAUGAAGUCAGGUCAGCUAGCGACCUUAUUUCCAAGGGACGCUGGUCUGGAGGAUGAUAGAAUGAACAUGAAGUCACCCAUCAUGGCUAGAGGGACACACCAGUGGAGGAUGAGAGCAUGA